AUGGCAGCCCGAGUGCUGGCGCUGCUGCCGCUGGCCGGAUUGGGCGCCUGGAGCGCCAACGCGACGCUCACGCGCAUGAGCUACCAGGUGCGCGCGCCUCCUGGCGGCGAGGCGCUCGAGUUCAUCCCCGGGUCCAUGGACGACACCAUCAUGGAGACGCUCGAGACGGGCGACCUCGUCUUCUUCCAGCGCAAGCUCACGGCCAUGCAGCCGCUGGCGGCGCUGCACACGUGGGUCACUCGCCUCCAGCUGCGCCCGCGCUUCGACCACUGCGGGUGGAUCUACGUGGACCGCUUGGGCCGCAAGUUCAUCGUCGAGGAGACGCUGGACAAGGUGCAGUGUCGGCCCUACAGCGCUCGUCUGCUGACGUCCGAGGCCACGGAGAUCUCCGUCUUGACACUCAAGCUAGAGCGUUCCAAGGAGAUGCAGGAGGCUGCCAACGCCUUCAUCGCCGAGAAUUUGGGCCGCGCGAGCCGCAUCUCGCUGCGCCACACAGUCUCGGCGCUCAUCAACCCGGAAGAAAUGCGCAAGGCCGGAGCUGAUGCGGUGCCUGCGUUCCCCAGUGCCGGU